AUGUCAAGCCUGUCGUUAGAUGAGUUGAAUUUCCAAAGGUUGGUGUUUCGCACAAAACUGCUGUGCAGAGAGGAUCCUGAUGAUAAUAUUUGGAAGUUGAAAGCUGCUAUAAAGAGUAUUGAGGCCCUUUUUAGUCGUUUACAGGACAACAGGCACGUUGAUUGUGUUGUAGUCUUAAACUAUUACACGUAUUUCUCUAGGAAUGAGAACUUGGUUGUUACUAUGUUUAUGGUUUAUUUCUUUAGGUUUCUCGAUAAAGAUCUGUUGAUGCAGUAUGGGCGAGAUGUACACCAGCUAAGAAUACUCAUAGAAGCCCAACAAAAGAAAACACCAGAAGACCGGUUGCAGUGGAUAGACCUAAUUCCAAACGCAUUUCCGCAGUACCCUUCAAAUUCAUCUGUCGAUGAUGAUUCUGAUGAAGAACCACUCAGUAAUCCUUCUAUGAACUAUGAAAAAGCUAGAAGCAAAGCUAUUUAUACAGCCGAUUUAAGAAGGCAACUUCUUGGUGGCACUGAAAAAGAAAUGGAUGACUCGGGAGGAAUAGACGAAAUUAUUAAACGAGAGACCGGGAAACAGGAAGAACUCGCUGAAGAGCUUCGUGCUAUGGCAGUUAUGAUGAAGAGUACUUAUUCAACAGCAAAUGAUCUCAUCAAACAGGAUAAUGCUACUUUGAGCAGAUUGCAAGAAGUUGCUGAACGAAAUAAGUCUCAAUUGGAAGUAGAAAAUCGUCGGUUAGCCGAACAUGCGUAUCGGUCUUGGUGCGACUGUAUGUAUGUUUUCGGUGUUGUUGCCGUAAUAGCUUCAUUCAUUGCAAUGACACUUAUUAUGAGAAUUUUUAAAAAAAGGUAUUAA